GGCAUUCGUGCGCGCGCGCUGCCGAAACAGCACGUUCUAUUCUCAAAUUAUGAACCCAUUUUUCUGACACGUAAAAUGUACCGUGAAAAUUUAAAAAUGACAACAUAUCCACCCAGUUCUUAACACUCAUCUGACAGUAUCUGACCAUUUUUUUUAAUAUCUGACAAGUUUUAAACGCAUCUGAUACGAUUGUAGAGACGAAAGUGUAUUGAGUUUGCGUUUUCAGUUAGCGCUUAGAUGAGUUUCGAAAGUGACUGUGACAUUUCUGUAAGCAGUUUCAGUGGUGACUAUUGACUUGUGAACCCAGUGAAGUGCCAGUGGGAUUUGUUAAAGGCUUUACACACCAAAGAGGUUUAAGAUGAAUCAGAAAUGCAAAGUGUGCGGCGAGCCAGCAGCCGGCUUCCACUUCGGCGCCUUCACGUGCGAGGGAUGCAAGUCAUUCUUCGGGCGCUCCUACAACAACCUGAACUCCAUCACCGAGUGCAAGAACAACGGGGAGUGCGUCAUCAACAAAAAGAACCGCACGGCGUGCAAAGCGUGUCGACUGCGCAAAUGCCUCAUGGUGGGCAUGUCCAAAUCCGGCUCCAGAUACGGAAGACGAUCCAACUGGUUCAAGAUACACUGCCUUCUGCAAGAACAGCAACAAGCCGCCCAGGCGCACUCUCCCCCUAGAGUACCGCAGUCGCCGCACUUAGCGCCGCCUUUUCCACCUCACCUCUUCCCUGGACUGGCGCGACCGAGAACCAAAGAGGAACUCGCUCUGUUAGGCCUCGACGAUUACAAAGCACCCUGCUCAGGAUCCCCGGACUCUCAACGAAGCGGCUCAUCCCCUAAACUAGACGAAAAAGCUCGCAUCACUCACCGACCGCCUGACCGCCCUCUGACGCCACCCAGAGACUCCUUCCUCCCUUUACCUUUAGCCUUGCCGCACUUUCCACACUCACCGUUUCUCCAUCCGCAGCACUUCAACCCGUUCCCGCCGAAUCACCACCUCCUCUUCCCGCCAGGGUUCCACCCGAUAUACUCCAGACAUCUAUUAGACCACGCCGCACUCAGACAAGUGGCUGAAAAUAACAACGACGUGAGAAUCGACGACAAUAACACGGAAUCAUCGAAGCGCUUCUUUUUGGAUGAGAUUCUUAAGCAGCAACGAUCUGCGCAGCCUACGCCGCAAGAAGAUGUGAUAUCUGAAGCAGAAUUUGUACCCACUCCGCCGGCGGAAAGGAGAACGUCGGAGUCACCUCUGCAAGAGAAUCCAAUGGAUCUAUCCGUCAAAUCUGACGGAAGAUCGAGUUCGGCGCGACGGCGGUCCGACGACAGCGAGGUGAUCGCCCCGGACAACGAUGACCCAGAAUCCGGGAGUGACCGAGCGUCCGCCAGUGAAGAAGAAGAUUUAUCGUACUCCCAAAUAAAGAGGAUCAAACUCCACCCUUUAGAUCUGACAACCAAAGUCUGAUGCCAUUUACAGAAAGCGCUGCAACAGCGCUAUUAUGACCAUAAACUUUUGACACCACGUCGAAGGCCAGUAAGUCGGAUGGUGGUUAUGAAAUAAGACGUAGAUUCGGGAAGUCAGUGUUGUUAUCGAUUGAAUAAAGAGUCUAUCCAAAUACGUAUCUUAAGUAGUUAGUUAAUGAAAUGUUAUUGGUACUUAAACCCCGGUUGAAGGAUGUACAAAUUGUCUGUAAAUACUAAAUUAUUUGUAUUGUAAGAUUUAGGUUACUUAGCUGGUUUUAGUUAAAAUAAAUGGACCAAUUUUUGCAUCCAGUUUUUAGCGGAAAAAAGUAUCUAAUAUAACUGCGUAUAUUUUUGUAUUAUUUUAAUAUAAUUUAUUCAAUUUAGUAGAAUUUUGCUCGAAGUGUCGUUUGCCGUUUGAUGGUUUAAAAUGUUAACGUCGAGUGAUUUGUGAAAAUUGUUACUAUUUAUGUAUUGUAGUACUUCAGUAAAUAUGUAUACUUUUGAUACGAAACAUUCCUUUUACGUGAGAAGUUAAUAAAUAUUUUUUAUAUACUCUGGAAACUUAUACAUUCCUAAGAUAUUGCUCAAUUUAUAUAUUAUGGAUAUCAUAUAAAAAUAUACUACUUUUUACUAUACUCUUUACUCCUUAUGUACUCAAUGUAGUAAAAUUUAGUCGACCACAUACUCAUAUAUGUAAUAUUUUGUGAGAAAUGUUUUGUAAAUACUAUAAUGUAAGUAGCAUGGUUUUUUUUUCAUGAAACGGAUUUAAUGAAUGCAUUCCAAUUUUCACGGAAGACGUACAAAAUAAAAUAUUCACGCACUCGA